AACUCUCAACUAUAUAUAAAUAGUAACACAAACGCAUUAUAAACACAUUUUCACAUUAUCCAAUCAAAUAAACACAAAAUCAAGAAAGUUCAAGAAAUGGGAAAUAGCAUUACUGUAAAGAGAAAGAAAGCUAAAGUGAUGAAGAUCGACGGCGAAACAUUCCGGAUAAAAACUCCGGCGACGGCGAGAGAAGUCACGGCGGAGUAUCCUGGUUACGUUCUUUUAGAUUCUCAAGCGGUUAAGAACUUCGGAGUUCGAGCUAAACCGCUUGAACCGAACCAAAUCUUGAAACCAAAGAAGACUUAUUUUCUCGUCGAGCUACCUAAGCUUCCGCCGGAGACUACGGCGGCGGAGAGGGAUGAUAGUAAUAAUAAGCUUCCUUACCGGAGAGUUAUGUCUGGAAUCCACGUCGGUGCUAAGGAGAGGUUAGAAAUGUUGAUGUUGUCUCGUAGAACGGUUUCUGACGUCACCAUCGGAAGAUCUGACGGCGGAGAUGGGUUUAGACCAGGGCAGACGAGUGUGAGGUUGAGGUUGCCUCGUUCUCAGAUCACAAAGCUUAUGGAAGAGAGUAAAGAUGCUUCCGAGAUCGCUGACAAGAUUUUAGGUAUAUAUAUGGAGAGGUCCGGUGAGAUUUGCGGCGGAAGAGGUGGUGGUGAUGGUCGCCGGAAACUUGGAAGUGGAGAGAUUAAACCGCGUGAGAAGCAGGUGAGUUUCGCCGGAGAAGGUGGACGGGAGCUUCCUGUUCUAUGGAGUAGAAAUGAGAAAUAAUCAUCAAAUUUAAUUCGACGACAUAUUUUUCAAAGAGAAAUUUAUAUUUUGUUAAUUGUGGUAGGACUCAAAUCUUGUGUGUGUGUGUGUGUAUAUCUUUUUAAAUAGCAACUAGAGAUUAUUUAGAAAUGUGUCAUUUCAUACUUUAACUUUAAGAUAUGAUAAGUAAUGUAUAGGUAAAGUGCUAAUGGACAUGCAUGGUUGGGUGCCAACCCUACUAGUAACCAAAUAAUCAACAAUCAAUUAUAUUUAUGUAAUCAACUUUUA